AUGCAACCGCUGGUCUCAGACUUCAUGUUGUCAACCACCGCAAGCGACGGCAAGAACAAGGGCAAGAAGCACGGGAAGAACGAAGCAAAUACCCCCUUCUAUGCCGGGGGGUCGGGGGCGAAGCUGCUAUCGGCCCUCCUGACGGGCGUCAACCGCGCGAGGCCUUACCUUCCUCCGGGGGACCCGGGGGUGGAGGGGAGGACGGCGUCGCUCUUCAGGGUGGCGCACACCGGGGGUUUCGCGACGGCGACGCAGGCUUUGUCUCUGCUGUUUCAGGUCGUUUCGGCCGCCCCAGCCAACAAACCGACCGCGGCCUCCGAUAAGAAGCCUGCUGCCAAUGGAAAACCUAUCGCCACGGCGGCGGCGAACGGGGAACCCGCAGCCGGUGGCGAGGGGGGUGCCAACAUCUCGGCCCGGUUCUACGCGGCGCUGUACGCGAAGCUCCUGUCGCCAGACCUCGGGGGGGCUUCGAACCCGGUCCUGUUCCUUAACCUGGUGUACAAGGCGAUCAAGGCUGACACGGAGGAGGCGAGGGCGGCGGCGUUUGCCAAGAGGCUGCUGCAGGUUGAGUGAUGUAGGAGAUUGUCGGACACAUCGACAU